ACAAAUUGUUUAUUCAAAAAAUAAAUAAAAUAAUGGGGGAAAAACCCAAAUAGGAUCUCUAUAAGAAGAAAGAUACGUUGCAGUACAUUUGCAACGAUUUGGUGCAAUCUCUCUCCUCUAUCUCUCUCUUUGUGGCAAAACUGAUUGUGAGAACCAGAGAAAUGGUGGCCAAAAUGAACAAGACAGCUAUGCUUGUCAUAGACAUGCAGAAGGAUUUUAUUCUUCCAGGGAAACCCCUGCAGGUAGCUGGAGGCCAAGCUAUUAUUCCUAAUGUCAUUAAGGCAGUAGAAGUUGCAAGGGAGAGUGGCAUUCUUGUAGUCUGGGUUGUCCGGGAACAUGACCCGAUGGGAAGAGAUGUCGAAUUGUAUCGGAUGCCCAUGUAUGGUGAAGGCAAAGAAUCACCAGUUAGCCUGGGCAAUGUGGGUUCAGAACUAGUUGAGGGCUUGGAGAUCAAAAAAGGUGACUACAAGCUUGUGAAGACUCGUUUCAGUGCCUUCUUUGGUACGAACCUUCAUUCCUUUCUUCAAAGGGUUGGCAUCAAUAGCUUAGUUGUGACAGGAGUUCAAACCCCAAAUUGUGUCAGGCAAACAGUGAUCGAAGCCCUGGAGUUGGACUAUGAUCCUAUCACAGUCAUUACUGAUGCUUCCGCAGCAGCUACACCAGAAGUACAUGCUGCCAACCUUUACGACAUGAAAAAAGUUGGAAUUGCAACACCAACACUGAAGGAGUGGUGCAAAUCCAUUGCGUGAUUUUGUCUUCAACUUAUCCCUACACCCGAGCGGUUUUCUAUACUGUUGUACUCAUGAGUGAAAUGGUCCUGUAUUUUUUUCUUUUUGGGUGAAGAAAAGAUGUGUGUUUGGUUUGCUUGUCUGUUACGGGAAGUGAUGUAAUGAGUUGAACUGGCUAUUAAGGUAUGAUCUUUGUAUAAAUGGUGCCUUUGCAUGAA